AUGUACGACGUGUGCACAAGCCGUGCUAAAGUCGGGAGUAGAGAGAUCAAUAAGAACAUCUUCAACCCCGAGUUUCUUGACGCACCCACAGAGUCUGCGUCUGGAUCGGGGAGCUCGUCCUGGAAUGUUGCGGGUCCUUCCUCUGAGCUCUACACGACAACGCCCUGGACGCUGUAUGAGGUUAAUGCUAUGCUCACCGAAGCAUACAAUAGGCUGCUGGAUGCUAUUCAGAAUCCUGAUGCUCCUCGGUAUAAGAAUAUAUCAUUGUGCGACGACGACGCUUCACGAAAGUGCUCUGGUAAAGUCGGACCAUUCUUUGGGGACUACCAUUGUUGUAUUAUUCGGACAUGUUUACCAGGAGAGAUGAUAAUCUCGAUCAUCCCACAACGAGUUCCGUACCUGGCCAGAAUAGUCGCCAGAAUAGCUAGAAGGAAGAAUUAUGAUGCUCCUACUGGAGUAUGGAAGAACCCUUAUGGUUUCGUAAGUACUAUUUAUGUUGAGAAACGUCGUGUCUAUGGUCCCUUGAGGAAGACUGUCGAAGCUGCUUCCCGUGAUAGGGAGGCCUUACUCAACGUUAAAUAUAGUAUUACCUCUGUUGAAGGCAUGAAGGCCUUCGUGAGAGACCUGCAUAAACCCAACAUGCACGGUGGCGUUGUUGUAUAUCUUGGUGACAGCAGUGGUAUUACGAACUCUCAUGCUAACUCCAGCUCCCAACAACCUAGUAGAACAUCGAAACAUGCCUCAACUAGUCGGAGGAGGUGGAGUAGGAUGAACGAUGGAAAUUAUUUUUCUACCAAGCAGCCACCGGACAGUGCGAAGCCUGAACUGACUGAUUUCCUGCUCAAGAGAGAUUAUACUGGGGCUGUGGCUGUACUAGAGUUCGAGAAGGCUAUUGGUGAAGAGAGGCCUGCCUCAUCACUCUGGUUAGCCUUCUGUUACUUUCAUAUUGGACAAUACACUAAGGCUAUCGAGAUCUAUGAUAACAUACUUAAUGAUGAGUAUUGGGGAUUCCACCGACGAUGCGGUAGUAGUAACAUUAUUGAGUAUUGCUCGAGUCUUAGUCUUCAGGCUCUAGACCAUCUUCGUACAAGGCUCUUACUACACACUGCUCAUAAGCUCAAUGACGAGGCAGCUAUGAUGAAGUGGCAUCAACGACUUACUAGGAGGGAUCCUACCUCUUCAAGCACCAAUGACCAGCAGCAGCAGUAUCUACGUAACCACUAUCAACAGGCUACUGACAUCUACAAGAAGCUGGUGGUGGAUAACGCUAAUAAUAAAGCAUUGAAUGUAUACCUCGCCCUUUGUUAUUAUAAGAUGGACUUUUUUGAUGUUGCCAAUGAGAUGUUAGAACCGUAUCUAGCCACGUAUCCUACCUCCAUCACGGCCAAUAACCUCAAGGCAUGCUGCCAGUAUCAACUUUACAAUGGUAGUAAAGCAGCCGAGGAUGCGUGUAAAGCGUUGAGUGAGCACAGCGCUGACCAUGGCGCUAAAGUAUAUAAUCAUAAUGAUAUACUCAGGCAUAAUAGGGUUGUAUUCCGUGAUGGGGAAGGGGCUCUUGAAAUAUUACCACAACUACUAGACAUAGUCCCGGAGGCUAGGUUGAAUUUGAUCAUAUACCAUCUAAGGGACCCUAAGGGAGAUCCUCAAGAGGCCCUCAAUCUACUCGAGGGGGUUAUACCUAGCCAACCACGAGAGCAUAUCCUCAAGGCUGUAGUACAUACUGUUAUAGGACAGCAACAAGGGGGGUCGAGAGCGUCGUUGCAGACAGCACAACAAGUCUUCAAUCUAGUUGGAGCGAGUGCUUCAGAAUGCGAUACAAUACCAGGACGUCAGUGUAUGGCAUCCUGCUUAUACCUGGGCAAGCAGUUCGAGGACGCUUUGGUGUACUUGAAGAGUAUCAAGGCUUAUUUCUCUGCUGAUGAUGAUUUCAACUGGAAUUAUGGUAUAGCAUGUGGGAGUGUUGGUGACUAUAAGGAAGCCCAACAAGCCCUCCUCUCGAUACAUGACACUCAAUAUACGUCUGAAUUCGGUUACCUCUCGUGGGUAUGCAGAUGUUUCAUCAUGAAUGGUGAUCCGACAUCAGCCUGGGAGCUGUACUCCCGUCAAGAGGCCUCCCCGUCUACGGAGAUCUUCAACCUACUGCAAAUGAUAGCUAACGACUGCUACAAGCAUGGCCACUUCUUUAUAGCCUGUAAGGCUUUUGAUGUGCUUGAGCGACUCGAUCCUGAUCCCGAAUUCUGGGAUGGUAAAAGAGGCUCCGCAGUAGGAGUCUUCCAGUUGGUUAUAGCCGGCAUGGCCCCAGCCGAACAACUACAGCAGGUGGUUGAUCUACUACGAGGUACUAGAGUGCAUCAAAUACCACAAGUCGAGUACAUCAUAAAUAGAGUCUUCAAGAAGUGGGCUGGCGAGAAUGGUGUCUAUCUUGAGUAG